AUGUCCGCCGCGGGGCUGAGGAGAAUGAGCCUCACCUUCCUGCUCUCCCUUUUUGCCCUCGGCCUGGCACAGGAGGCCCCGACUGACGCGGAGGCGGCGGUCCCGGCCCCGCCCCCCCCGGCGCCGGUGCCACCGGUGGUCGUCCCCGCAGGCACCCCGGAGCUCACAGGAGACGAGCUGGUCGCACUUCAUCGAAAUCAGUAUUUGCAGGCGUUGGCUGCCGCAGGUCACAAUGCUAAGAGAGGGGCUUGGCUCUACGGCGACUACAUAAAUGAAGUGGAUGGAGUGAAGGACCCCCUGACCUGCGCACAGAAGUGCACGGCUGAUGCGAAGUGCUACCACUGGAACUUCCACGUCGAGCGCCAGCGCUGCGACUUGAAAGCCCCGAACGGUGGCGUCAACGAGGACAUCGGUGACUGGAUUACCGGUGACGUGCCCCGUGCACCCCCAGCCGCCUCUGAUCUCUGA